AUGAGACUUCUGUCCACCACUCUCCUGGUGGUAGGCGCUUCGGCGGCUGCCCCUGGCCUGCAACAGGUCCUUGGAGGCCACAAGGAGUAUGCGGAGAACGUUGCCCAGCAGGGUGCCAACGUCUUCUCCAAGCCCCUGGAGCACCUACAGGAGGAGUUCAAGUCUCUCUCUGGCGAAGCUCGUAAGAUGUGGGAGGAUGUCUCUAACUUCUUUCCGGAGUCCUUGAAGGGAAAUCCCAUGGUGUCCUUGCCUAAGAAGCACACCCGUCGUCCUGCCUCCCACUGGGAUCACCACGUCAGUGGCGCCGAAGUCCAGGACAUUUGGGUCUCUGGUACCGAUGGCACCAAGGAGCGUGAGAUUGAUGGCAGACUGGAUACCUAUGACCUCCGCGUUAAGAAGGUUGACCCCAGUGCUCUCGGCAUUGACCCUGGCGUCAAGCAGUACAGUGGUUACCUGGAUGACAACGAGGAGGACAAGCACCUGUUCUACUGGUUCUUUGAGUCUCGCAACGACCCCGCAAAUGACCCCGUCGUCCUCUGGUUGAACGGCGGUCCCGGUUGCUCGUCCCUCACCGGACUGUUCUUGGAGCUUGGACCCAGCUCUAUUGGCGAGAAUAUCAAGCCUAUCUACAAUGACUUCUCGUGGAACAACAAUGCCUCUGUUAUCUUCCUUGACCAGCCCAUCAACGUCGGUUACUCCUACAGUGGCUCCUCCGUCAGCGACACCGUUGCUGCCGGCAAGGAUGUUUACGCUCUCUUGACCCUGUUCUUCAAGCAGUUCCCUGAGUAUGCUAAGCAGGACUUCCACAUUGCUGGCGAGUCCUACGCUGGUCACUACAUCCCCGUCAUGGCUUCCGAGAUUCUCUCUCACAAGAAGCGUAACAUCAACCUUAAGUCUGUUCUCAUUGGAAACGGUCUCACCGAUGGUCUGACCCAGUACGAGUACUACCGCCCUAUGGCUUGUGGUGACGGUGGCUACCCUGCUGUUCUCGAUGAGAGCACCUGCCAGUCCAUGGACAACGCUCUCGGCCGCUGCCAGAGCAUGAUCGAGUCUUGCUACAACAGCGAGAGCCCCUGGAUUUGCGUUCCUGCCUCCAUCUACUGUAACAACGCCAUGCUUGGACCUUACCAGCGCACCGGUCAGAACGUCUACGACAUUCGCGGCAAGUGCGAGGAUGAGAGCAACCUCUGCUACAAGGGUAUGGGCUACGUCAGCGAGUACCUCAGUCAGCAGAGCGUCCGUGACGCUGUCGGUGCUGAAGUUGACGGCUAUGACUCCUGCAACUUUGACAUCAACCGUAACUUCCUCUUCGCCGGUGAUUGGUUCAAGCCUUACCACCGCCUUGUCCCUGGAAUCCUUGAGCAGAUCCCAGUUCUGAUCUACGCCGGUGACGCUGACUUCAUCUGCAACUGGCUCGGCAACAAGGCCUGGUCCGAGGCUCUUGAGUGGCCCGGUCAGAAGGAGUUCGCCGCUGCAGAGCUUGAGGAUCUCAAGAUCGUACAGAAUGAGCACGUUGGCAAGAAGAUCGGCCAGAUCAAGACCCACGGCAACUUCACCUUCACCCGUAUCUUCGGUGCUGGCCACAUGGUUCCCAUGGAUCAGCCCGAGGCCGGUCUGGAGUUCUUCAACCGCUGGAUUGGUGGUGAGUGGUACUAG